CCGUCGCCCUUUCGACAGCCUCCUCGAUACUCUACUCCCCCUGCUGCUGGGUUUCGCCCGAUGGGAACUGCCGGGGGAUUCCGUCCAAUUCCUGGUCCUGGGGAUGGUGGUUUUGGGUCCGGUUUCCAACCGCCACCUGUUGUUGGACAGAAACGGGGUUACCCUUUUGCCGGCCGUGGAAGUUCUCCAGAUCAUUCCGAUGGAAGCAAUUUUGCCAAGCUAUUUGUUGGAUCGGUUCCAAGGACAGCCACGGAAGAAAUUAUUCGUCCAUUGUUUGAAGAACAUGGAAAUGUGAUUGAAGUAGCUUUGAUAAAGGAUAAGAGAACAGGCCAACAACAAGGAUGUUGUUUUGUAAAAUAUACUACCUCAGAAGAAGCUGAUAGAGCAAUUAGGAACCUGCACAAUCAACAUACCCUUCCUGGGGGAGUGGGCCCGAUUCAAGUUAGAUAUGCUGAUGGUGAGCGAGAGCGCCUUGGUGCAGUUGAGUACAAAUUGUUUGUUGGUUCACUAAAUAAACAAGCUUCAGAAAAAGAAGUCAAGGAAAUCUUUUCUCCCUAUGGAGUAGUUGAAGAUGUUUAUCUAAUGCGGGAUGAAAUGAAACAGAGUCGUGGGUGUGGAUUUGUGAAGUAUUCACAUAGGGACAUGGCACUGGCGGCUAUAAAUGCUCUUAAUGGAAUUUUUACAAUGAGAGGUUGUGAUCAACCAUUAAGUGUCCGCUUUGCUGACCCAAAGAAGCCCAGACCUGGAGAUUCAAGGGGCACUCCUGCAUUUGGAGGUCCAGGCUUUGGCUCUCGCUUUCAACCACCUGGGCCAAGCAGACCAACACCUAAUUUUGGUGAAUUUAUGGGUGAUCGAAUUCCAAUUGAUGUACGAGGUUUCAGGCCACCCAUUGAUGCUGGUAUUCAUCCCUUUGGGGGUCAGUUGCCACCUAGGUCCAGUGAAAUGGGACUACCUUUGAAUUUGGUAAUUUAUUAUUACCUUUUGAGUUUGACAUAUAAUUUUGAUUGCUAUUUAUGUAGGCCUACGUAGUAAAAGCAGUAUUUU